UUAUUUUUAUUACAUUGUUAAUUAUUGGACUUUUAAUAUGAAAGUCAAAAGGAAAUGGUAUCCUGUUGACCCGGAUGUCGAUGACGUUAAUAGACUGAAAGCAUACAAGUUUUAGUGCUGUGAUUGUGCCUUACAGAGUUUAGCAAUGAUUUUAAGAGUGUCAGACAGGGCGUGUGUCAUUUCAAGAUCGGUUCGCCUCAAAAGCACCUUGACAUCGUUUUUCGAUGAGAUGGGAAAGGGUAUCAUUAUAAAGUCGGCGUCAACCGGUAUAUUUGAGAACUUGGCUUUAGAAGACUGGAUACACGACCACGUCGAUCUGCAAAACAGAAACAUACUCUUAUUAUGGAGAAAUUCGCCUGCAGUGGUCAUAGGCAGACAUCAAAAUCCCUGGCAGGAAUGUAACCUUCCUCUGAUGAGACGUCUGGGGAUCCCACUGGCUAGACGCCGCAGUGGAGGUGGAACCGUUUUCCACGACAUUGGAAACAUCAACAUGACCUUCUUCACCUCCAAAAAGAAAUACAACCGUCACAGGAAUCUCACUGUUGUCACCAAUGCAUUAAAAGAACUCAGACCCAAUCUAGAUGUCAAUUCAACAGAUAGAUUUGAUAUCCUGUUGAACGGGCAUUACAAAAUUUCAGGCACUGCCGCAAAGUUAGGCAGAACCGCCGCUUAUCAUCACUGUACGUUGCUUUGUUCAGUGGAUCGUUCACUAUUGUCGUCUGUUCUGAAAAGUAAUAACUCUCAAGUUAUUAAAAGCAACGCGACCCCAAGUGUUCCUUCUCCUGUCAAGAACCUCCUGGAUUUGGACCCCAGUCUCGAUACCGAUACUGUAAUGGAGGCUAUUGCUUCCCAGUACAAAAAAGAAUUUGGCUUUGCCACUCCAGUUAUCACAGUUGACCCCACUCACGAGUCUCUCAUGCCUGGCGUUCAUAAGAUGACACAAGAUGUUCUGACGUGGGAAUGGGUUUAUGGCAAAACUCCCAAAUUCAGCGUUUGUACGUCUUUAGUGGUAGACGGUGUAAACAUUACACUUGACAUGGACAUCAAGAAUGGUAAAGUAGACAGAUGUGACAUUGGCAUCCCUGACGGCUGGCUUCCUUUGGAGAUAGUGAACGAGUUUACGUCAAAGUUGAAUGGCAGCAGAUGCUGUCCACGUGAAACUGCAGUGUUGGUGGCAGCUUUUAUACGAACUAAUUCACUGGCUGCUGAUAUUGCUGAAAAAAUUCACAGAUUGUGUGAAGGUGUGACAUCUGUAAUGUGAAUAAAACUUAAAAACAA